GCGCCCCGCGCCCUCGGGGACCCACAGGUCCAGGGCGUAGCAAUGACCCGGUCUCCCGUAGAAGUGUGACUGACUUCUUCUUCAAGUUUCCUGCAGGAUUCAGCGUUCCCAUCCCUCGGCUCCGCCUGGCUGAGCCAGAGCUCUUCGCGACUGCAACUUACAGCCUGGCACCUUGAUGGAAACAGAUGUUGAUGGUGGUCCGAGAUAUUUGUGGGGUUUAAAAGAUUUGAACUCCAGCUGAAUAGAACAAGGGCUGAAAAUUGAAAGAUGGCAGCAAAUCCUUCAGGACAAGGUUUCCAGAAUAAAAAUAGGGUUGCAAUCCUGGCAGAACUAGACAAGGAGAAGAGAAAGUUACUUAUGCAAAACCAGUCUUCCACAAAUCACCCUGGAGCCAGCAUUGCACUUGCAAGAUCACCUCUGAAUAAGGAUUUCCGUGAUCAUGCUGAGCAACAGCACAUUGCAGCACAGCAGAAGGCUGCACUGCAGCACGCACAUGCACACUCCUCAGGAUACUUCAUAACUCAAGACUCUGCAUUUGGAAAUCUUAUUCUUCCUGUCUUACCUCGACUUGAGGCAGAAUGAGGAAUGUUGUUUGUCUCAGAAAUUCAAGGUCUGAUUUUUGUCCAUAGCAAGAGCUAUCUGACCUUUUAAUUUCUUUAUGUGUCUUAAAACCAACUUUUUCCUGGGUUUUUGAGAAUGCCAUUCAGGAGUGUGAGCUCUAGUGAUGCGGAAGUAGUGUUGAAAAUUUUUUAUCCUGUAUUUCAGUUCCUCUGUUGGGUCAAAAUCAAAUGCAAGGCUUUUCUUGGAGUUUGAAGUGCUUCGGGGUUUGCUCUUCCCUGUUUCAGUGCUUCCUUUAAAUAAAUGUCCAAACCAGAGUCACCAAGAGAUGCACAA